AUGAAUCAAUUAUUGCUUCUUUCCCUUUUUUCAGGUUUCCGUUCUUUCUUUAUUUCUGUCACUUCCUUAUUAAGGCUUUCUUUUUUUCUUCUUUUUCUUCCUUUUUUCUACGUUUUAUUUUUCUCUUCAUAUUCUAAUCUUUUUAUCCGUUUAAUCCUUUUCGAUAUAUUUUUAGUCUGUCUUUUUGUGUUUUUUUUCUCAACCUUUUCUUUUUUCCUCUUUCUGAUAUCCUUCACUUUCUUCACCCGAGUUCCUUCACUUUCUUUUUCCUUCGUUUUAUUUUUCUCUUCAUAUUCUAACUUCUUCCCUUUAAUUCUUUUCAAUAUACUUUUAAUUUUUUUUGUGUGUGUUUUUUUCAUUUUUUUCAAUUUUUCUUUCUUUCUCUUUCUGAUGACCCUAUAUCUUUCACUCGCUUUCUUUCUCCUUUUUUCUUUUUGCCACCCUUCAUAUUCUAAUCUUUUUAUCCGUUUAAUUAUAUUCGAUAUACUUUUAAUCUUUUUUUCCAUGUUUUCCUUUUGUUCAUGUUUUCUUUCUCUUUUUGAUAACCCUAUAUUCUUCACUUUCGUUUCUUUUUUUUUCCUUCGUUUCGUCAUUUACGUGAUUUUUACAUUCAUCCUUUCGCUUCGUUCUCCUUUACUUCAUAAUUUCUUCCCAUUUCCAUGUUAUUUAUUUCUUACAUUUUCAUUCAUUCUUCUUGAUCCGAUAUCAUUUUUUUUCUUCUCCAGAGCGAUUGAGUGA